AUGACUGGCGUGUCGAACAUGGCCAAAAUCGCUUAUGCGGUUACAGCGCCAAAUAAGAAGAUAUAUGCACGAAUGAUGGCGCCUAAAUAUAGUGAUGGUGUUUACUCUCCAACAAUCUCAGUCACAGGAACCCCAUUACCGAAUGCCCGUCUAUUAUCAUUGUCUUUAUAUGGAGAAGCAUCGUUGCCGGAUGAUUUUCGAACAUUGGCGUUUUUGCAGUGGGGUCAAUUAGUAGCGCAUGAUAUGACACAUUUCGUUAAAGCAAACACUUCAGAUGACUGCUGUACACAUCCGGAGAGUACAUUUUGCUAUCCAAUCUUUCUUCAUCCGCUCGGACCAAUUUCUCAGAGUUCCGCGAAAAAGUGCCUUAAUUUCGCAAGAAGUGCUUCUGAUACUGAUGCUGUAUGUUCCGCUAGUGGUUUGCCAUAUUCAGAAAAGAUAUCGAUGACUUCAGCAUAUCUUGAUCUUUCCUUUGUUUAUGGCAACUCCAUAGAACAUAAUUCAAAAUUUCGUGUUUUUAAACACGGUCUGCUUAAAACAAGUUUGGUCAAUAACCGUGACUGGUUGCCAUUAUCCAUGAAUCCUGAAACUGAAUGCGGAGAUGGGAAUUAUCAAUGCUAUAGCAUACCAGAUAUGCGUAAUCAGUUCAUUCCAACAAUUGCUGUACUACAUACCAUUAUUGUGCGCGAACAUAACCGAAUUGCUAGGGAAUUGGAACAGCUGAACCCUCAUUUCUCGGAUAAGCGUCUUUUCCAAGAAGCAAGAAAAAUAAAUAUCGCGCAAUAUCAAAAGAUUACUUUCUAUGAUUGGUUACCGCUUUUAAUUGGAUCUUCGUAUGCUUACGACAAAAAUUUAUUGUACCAUAUUACAAAAAAUGAAUACGCUUAUGAUUACGAUCCAGCUGUUAAUGCUGCACCUUACGCAGAAUUUGCCGCAGCCGCUUUUCGCUACCCACAUAAUCAAAUACCUGGAUGGUUUUCAUUAAUAUCCUCAAGACGAAAUUUCAAUCAAACUAUGCGAUUAAGUGAUCAUUUUGAACGACCUGAAAAUUUAAAUUUGCUGUGGGAUAAUGAUAACUUUGACUCACUUAUUCGUGGCUUAACAACACAAUUACAAAAGCGUCCCGACAGUAACAUAGAUAAAGAGAUAAAGCACUUCUUUGAUCGUAAAGGUUUUGAAGAGUUUGGAGCUGACUUGAAAGCAAUCGAUAUACAGCGUGGACGAGACUAUGGAUUACCGUCUUAUAAUGAAAUGCGAACAUAUUGCGGCUUACCACGUGCUUAUGAUUGGGCAGGAUUUUCAAGUGAAAUACCUCAAUAUAAAAUCGCAUUAAUGCAGAAGCUUUACGCAUUUCCUGAUGAUGUAGAUUUAGCUAUUGGUGGCUCAUUAGAAGCACACGCACCGGAAUCUAUUAUUGGGCCGACAUUUCAAUGUAUAAUAGGACAACAAUUUCUCAACUCUCGAAUGGGAGAUCGUUUCUUUUUCGAACGGUAUCAUCCCAUUAGUGGAUUUUCAAAAGGUUGGUUAGAUUAUAGAUAUAGUCGCCCGUAUGCCAGAAACAUGACUGUGUAA